AUGUGCCAUUUCGUCGAGUAUGGUGGGCACAGGACGUUGCUCCUUGUCAUUCGUGCAAUUAAUGGUGGAAUGGUUCUUCGAAGUUAUAUAGAAACUUACAAGGAUCUAUCUCUAGAGCGGGUACGAAAAAUCCUUCGAAACUAUUAUGAUGUAAAAAAUGCAACUGAGCUAUAUCAAAGUCUUGCAUCAAUAUGUCAAGGGUCAAAAGAAACACCACAAGAAUUCCUUAUGCGUGCCUUGGAUUUACGCCAGAAAAUCCUGUUUUCAAGCACUCAAGAUCAAAGUGAGGACACUUUGGUUUAUGAAAAUGAUCAUAUUCAAAAGCUGUUUCUACGUACUGUUGAAACUGGCCUUCAAGAUGAAAAUGUUAGAAUAAGGGUUAGGGGGUACCUCAGAAACCCCACAAUAUCAGAUGAGGAGCUUAUUUUGCAAGUAAAUAAUGCAGUGUCGACAGAAAAUGAACGGGUAAGAAAACUAAGAAACCAGAACCUCCCAAAGUCUGCCCAGGUUUCCCAGGUAGCAGAGAAAGCUGAGUCCCAAGAUAAAAUUCUAAAGACUCUGGAAGCACUGAAAGUUGAAGUGGCACAAGUUAAGAGUCAGUUGAAGGAUAUCAACCAAGAAACUGAACAAGCUCGAUUACCAAAUUCGCCUGCGCCAGUAGACACUAGAAACCAGAGAAGAAAUACGCCGCCAAAAUGCUUGCAGUGCCAAACUAGUGGAAAUGACAAAUGCUCUCAUUGUUUCAUUUGUGGAAGUGACAAUCAUUUUGCAAUUGAAUGUCGACAGAAUCGUGGAAAGAAUGCUUUAAACUCCAGGAGGCUGCCUCUCCGGGGCCAGAAGUAG